UCGGAACAUAUUAGAACCCUAGUUCGAAGUUUUAAGAGAGGUAAACAAAAAUCGAACAAUCGAGUGAGAAUGAGAAUGAGGAGAAUAGAAUCUGGUGAGACUCGGAAUCCACUUGCGCGAAAACCGCCGUUCAAGGCUACGGUUAUGGACGGAGAAUUGUUUUGGUUCCGCGAACGAGGAAGACGAGAUCGUAGGAGCAAAAAGAUGAAAGAGAGAAAGAGAUUAGAGAUAUAAUAAACUCACCUGCGACUGCGACUUCGGUUUGGUUUGUUUCUUGGAAAUUUAGAAGCUGGGGAGAGUUUAAGCUUUGCACAAAACCAGAAUGACGUUUUCCAUGAGAGAUUUGGAUCAGGCUCUCCAAGGAGCUGGCCAGAAAUCCGGGAUUGAGAUAUGGCGUAUCGAGAACUUCAAACCUGUCACUGUUCCAAAUGAGUCCCAUGGUAAAUUUUACACCGGGGAUUCCUAUAUAGUCUUAAAGACCACGGCAUCAAAAAGCGGUUCUUUGCAUCACGAUAUCCACUACUGGCUCGGUAAAGAUUCCAGUCAGGAUGAAGCAGGUGCUGUCGCCAUCAUGACAGUUGAGUUAGAUUCAGCUUUAGGUGGGCGUGCUGUUCAGUACCGAGAAGUACAGGGUCACGAAACCGAGAAGUUUCUUUCCUACUUCAAACCUUGCAUAAUACCUCAAGAAGGUGGAGUUGCGUCCGGGUUCAACCACGUAAAGCCUGAGGAGCAUCAGACACGUCUGUACAUCUGCAAAGGCAAACAUGUCGUUCGUGUAAAAGAGGUUCCGUUUGUUCGAUCGACUCUCAACCACGAAGACGUUUUCAUUCUUGAUACAGAGUCUAAAAUUUUUCAAUUCAAUGGUUCUAAGUCGAGUAUUCAAGAAAGAGCAAAGGCUCUUGAGGUUGUUCAGUACAUUAAAGACACUUACCAUGAUGGAAAGUGUGAUAUCGCAGCUGUUGAGGAUGGGAGGAUGAUGGCUGAUGCUGAAGCUGGAGAGUUUUGGGGUCUGUUUGGUGGGUUUGCUCCGCUUCCUAAGAAAGCAGCAGUCGAUGAUGACGCAACCGCUGAAUCUGUUGGGAUCAAACUCUUCAGUGUUGAAAAGGGAAAGACAGAACCCGUAGAGGCUGAAUCUUUGGAGAAAGAGCUUCUGGACACUAACAAAUGUUAUAUUCUCGAUUGCGGUCUUGAAAUGUUCGUUUGGAAGGGAAGAAAUACUUCAAUUGACGAAAGAAAGAACGCAAGUGAAACUGCAGAUGAGUUUUUCCGUUCUUCUGAACGGCCAAAAUCAAACCUGGUCAGUGUGAUGGAAGGGUAUGAAACAGUGAUGUUCCGAUCUAAGUUUGAUUCAUGGCCGGCUUCAAGUACCAUGACUGAGCCCCAGCAAGGCAGGGGCAAAGUCGCAGCUCUUUUGCAACGGCAAGGAGUUAACGUUGAAGGCCUAGUUAAGACUUCUUCUUCUUCUUCUAAAGAUGAACCAAAGCCAUACAUUGACUGCACAGGAAAUCUCCAGGUCUGGCGAAUCAAUCAUGAAGAAAAGAUCCUUCUCGAAGCAGCGGAGCAGACAAAGUUCUACAGCGGAGAUUGUUAUAUAUUCCGGUACUCAUAUCCCGGAGAAGACAGAGAGGAACAUCUAGUGGGUACUUGGUUUGGAAAGCAAAGCAUUGAGGACGACAGAGCAUCUGCCAUUUCCAUGGCAAGCAAGAUGGUUGAAUCCAUGAAGUUUAUGCCGGCUCAGGCUCGUAUUUACGAGGGAAAGGAACCAGUUCAGUUUUUUGUGAUCAUGCAAAGCUUCAUCACAUUCAAGGGUGGUCUAAGUGAUGCUUUCAAAAAGUACAUAGCAGAGAACGAAAUCCCUGAUACUACUUAUGAUGCAGAAGGUGUUGCGCUGUUUCGGGUUCAAGGUUCUGGACCCGAGAACAUGCAAGCCAUACAGAUAGAAGCAGUUUCCACAGGAUUAAAUUCUUCACACUGUUAUAUAUUACAUGGCGAUUCUACUGUUUUCACUUGGUGUGGCAAUCUAACUUCCUCGGAUGAUCAAGAACUUAUGGAGAGAAUGUUGGAUUUGAUUAAGCCAAAUGAACCCACUAAGGCACAUAAAGAAGGCUCAGAGUCCGAACAGUUUUGGGAAAUAUUAGGAGGAAAAUCAGAAUAUCCGAGCCAGAAGAUCAAAAUGGAUGGAGAGAGUGAUCCUCAUCUCUUCUCUUGCACAUUCUCAAACGACGAUCUGAAGGUUACAGAGAUCUUCAACUUCACUCAAGAUGAUUUGAUGACUGAAGAUAUCUUCAUACUUGAUUGUCACACUGAGAUCUUUGCCUGGGUGGGACAACAGGUUGACCCCAAGAAAAAACCACAAGUUUUAGCCAUUGGAGAGAAAUUCAUCAAGCAUGAUUUCCUCUUAGAGAAUCUAGCAAGCGAAACACCGAUAUAUAUUGUAACGGAAGGAAAUGAACCUCCAUUUUUCACUCGGUUUUUCACCUGGGACUCUUCUAAAUCUGCUAUGCAUGGAGACUCUUUCCAGAGAAAGCUUGCGAUCCUGACAAACAAAGGAAAACCGCUUCUAAAUAAACCUAAAAGGAGAGUCCCUGUAUAUAGCAGCAGGUCCGCUGUUCCAGACAAAUCACAACCUCGGUCCAGAAGUAUGACCUUUAGUCCAGACAGGGCCCGCGUGAGGGGACGGUCUCCAGCUUUCAAUGCACUUGCAGCAAACUUUGAGAGCGUAAACAUAAGAAACCAAUCAACUCCACCACCUAUGGUUAGCCCAAUGAUCCGGAAGCUUUACCCGAAAUCUCUUGCCCCAGACCUCUCAAAGAUGGCUCCUAAAUCUGCGGCUAUAGCUGCUCGUACAGCGCUUUUCGAAAAAUCUCCGCCACCUUCUCAAGAAGCACCUACUAGCCUCAGUUCUGAAGCUACAGACCAAGCAAAACCGACAUCAGAGACGAACGAGGAAGAAGCAAUGAGCAGCAUUCAUGAAGAUUCAAAAGAAGACGAAGCAGAAGAAGAGAGCAACCUCCCUACUUUCCCAUACGAACGCCUCAAAAUCGACUCAGAGGAUCCUGUUUCAGAUAUCGAUCUCACUAGAAGAGAGGCGUACUUGACAUUAUCAGAGUUCAAGGAGAAAUUUGAGAUGACAAAGAAUGAGUUUUAUAAACUGCCUAAAUGGAAACAAAACAAGCUGAAAAUGUCUGUUAGUCUCUUCUGAACACUCACUCAGUCUUCUUCUCCCUCAUCUUAACCCAAAACCCACCUUUCGAGAAAAAAACACAAAGAGGGCAAUCAUACAUUUAAUCUGCAAUCUUUUUGAGCUGCUUACAAAAUAAUCAAAUUCAAAAUUCGUAUAUUCUCUAUAUUUACUUAUUAUAUAUACAUACAGUAUUCAAAUUUUCUUAAAUUGAUACUUAGGAUUUUUUAUUUGUUUUGUUCUAUGAUCUCAUCAAGAUAUAUGUCUGGCUGUGAGAUUCUUUUUCUUUUUUUCCCUGGCCUUGAUUUUUCCUCUGUUCCUUUUUUUUUGGGUCAAACCUCUGUUCCUUAUUGAAUAACCCAAUGUAAAUUAAAUCUUAUCUUUAAACAUGUUAUAUAUUCUAUGGUCCUCAUUCGUCAGUAAUCUUCCUUAAUCCAUAAUAUAAAAUAAAUAAAAAUUGGAAAGUCUACAAAAAAAAUAAUUAAAAAAUAGAAUACUAAACAUAACGCUGUCGUGAAAGAGAGAACGGUUCUAACAAAAACGGCAACAAAAAAAAAAGGUUUGCAGCAAAUCUCCCUUUUUGCCCUCUUUUGCGUGAAGAAGCAGUGAGUGAAG